GAAGACCGCCUACCACAGAUAGACGACCCGAGACCCCUUAUAGAUUUAAAAAGAGACGCUGCAUUCUCAGACUGACAUUCAUUCAGCACUCACUGCCACCUUUUAAAAAGAUUUACUCUGUUCGCUUAGCUGCUAGUGUCAAUUCCCGAUACCUUGUUCACUUCACUUCGUCUCCAGCACCAUGCUCAGGAUGCUACAGAAACUCCGUCUCCAGCCAGGGAUGAGUCUAUUAUUGAUAUGGCUCUGUCAUUUCAUGGAAGAUCAAAAAGUACAAGCUGGCAACUGCUGGUUACAGCAAGGGAAGAACGGGAGGUGUCAGGUGCUCUACGUACCGGGGAUGAGCCGAGAGGAGUGUUGUCGAAGCGGGAGGCUGGGGACGUCAUGGACCGAGGAGGACGUACCCAACAGCACCUUGUUCCGGUGGAUGAUCUUUAACGGCGGAGCCCCUAACUGCAUACCCUGCAAAGAAACGUGUGACAACGUGGACUGUGGACCCGGAAAGAGCUGCAAGAUGAACAGGAGAAGUAAGCCGCGCUGCGUCUGUGCUCCAGACUGCUCCGAUGUCACUUGGAAAGGACCUGUCUGCGGGUCGGAUGGAAAGACAUACAAAGACGAGUGCGUGUUGCUCAAGUCCAAAUGUAAAGUCCAUCUGGACCUGGAUGUGCAGUACCAGGGCAAAUGCAAGAAGACCUGCCGUGACGUCUUGUGCCCAGGAAGCUCCACGUGCGUCGUGGACCAGACAAAUAACGCGUACUGUGUGACCUGUAAUCGGAUCUGCCCUGAACAGACGUCACCGCAGCAGUUCCUGUGUGGCAACGACGGGAUCAUCUACACCAGCGCGUGCCAUCUGAGGAGGGCGACAUGUCUCCUGGGAACAUCCAUAGGAGUAGCAUACCAGGGGAAAUGCAUCAAGGCCAAGUCGUGCGAGGACAUCCAAUGCAGUGUGGGGAAGAAGUGUCUGUGGGACGCCAGGAUGAGCCGAGGCCGCUGCUCCCUCUGUGAGGAGGCGUGUCCAGAGAGCCGGAUGGACGAGGCGGUGUGCGCCAGCGACAACACCACCUACCCCUCGGAGUGUGUUAUGAAGCAGACUGCCUGCUCUCUGGGAACGCUCCUGGAGGUUAAGCAUUCAGGAUCUUGCAACUCCAUAACGGAAGACCGUGAGGAAGAGGAGGAGGAGCAAGAAGAUCAGGACUACAUGGUUCACAUCCAUCUGUCCCCCUUAUUGGAUGGAUAGACUGUCUAUCAUAUCCACCUGACCUUCUUAUUGGAUGGAUAGGCUGUCUAUCAUAUCCACAUGCUCUCCUUAUUGGUUGGAUAAGCUGUCUAUCAUAUCCACAUGCUCUCCUUAUUGGUUGGAUAGGCUGUCUAUCAUAUCCACAUGCUCUCCUUAUUGGUUGGAUAGGCUGUCUAUCAUAUCCACAUGCUCUCCUUAUUGGUUGGAUAGGCUGUCUAUCAUAUCCACAUGCUCUCCUUAUUGGUUGGAUAGGCUGUCUAUCAUAUCCACAUGCUCUCCUUAUUGGUUGGAUAAGCUGUCUAUCAUAUCCACAUGCUCUCCUUAUUGGUUGGAUAAGCUGUCUAUCAUAUCCACAUGCUCUCCUUAUUGGUUGGAUAGGCUGUCUAUCAUAUCCACAUGCUCUCCUUAUUGGUUGGAUAAGCUGUCUAUCAUAUCCACAUGCUCUCCUUAUUGGUUGGAUAGGCUGUCUAUCAUAUCCACAUGCUCUCCUUAUUGGUUGGAUAGGCUGUCUAUCAUAUCCACAUGCUCUCCUUAUUGGUUGGAUAGGCUGUCUAUCUACCUGCCUGGUCUCCACAAAGGGAACAGUCCUAGGGCCAGGUCUCAUGUUGUCCAUACUGUACAGUACAUAUGUAUAUGCUUAUUUAUACAUAUUGUUCAGUUCUGCUAGAUGUUUUAUUUAUACUGUGUUUUGUGUUAUUUUUAAAAAUAAUUUAUACAUUUACAAUGUUCAGGAUUACUGUGUACCAUGUUAUUGUUACCACUUGUUUCUAUUUGUUUUGUUGUCCUGUUUAUUUUUCCCUUCCUUCCUUCAUUUUUUAUUUUUAUAUAUAAUGAAGAAAAAUAUAUUUCUCCAAAGAGAAGCAGUGUUAUUUAUACAGAGUGUAUACACUGACAGUGAAGUAUCCGUCUCCAUUCUGUAAGCUGUAGUGGACUCUCAUGACUCCCUGUGCUGGACUAACCUACCUAUGUUCUCAGUGUUAGAUAUCUCAUUCACACAUCAAUGCAUGCUUUAGCCUACUGUGUGUUUAUUUAUGGGGGGAAAUCUUAUCUGUCAAUCAUUCAUGUACAGAAAUGUUUCUGCUUUUUUGUUUUUGUCUAACCCAUUAUUAUAACUUGCUAAAGGGACAUUUGUUAGGGUCAAAUCUAUUUUAAUUCCAAUGCGUUUUCAGGAAGUAAACCCAACACUUGAUUGUGCUCCAUGUAGUCUCUUGCAGAGCUCACCUGACUAAAAUGCUAUACACAUACACAUACACUGUAUUAAACCUCAUCACUUUGCUUGUCUUAUACUGUCCUUGUUCUUCCUCAGAAUGCAUUUUCAUUUUUAACAAAUCACAAAUACAAAAUUCUGUUAUAAGUAUAUAGUUAUUUUAUUAUAAUUUUUUUUUGUACAUACAGAACGUCUGAUGGUAUUUGUACAGAUAUGAAGAGUAAAAACAAUAAAACAUAAACCUUUUUUUUCUCCUUUA